AUGAAGCCAAUCGAAGCACGGCGCUUUCUGGCCAAUCUUACAGGUUUCCAGGACCAUGAAAUGGAAGAUAAAGUUGCAAAAGCUUUAGAUUACCAACCUCUUGCUUUGGCUAGCGCAGGCACUUAUGUCAGCAAGAUUCGUGAGUGCGAUUGGGCGGCGAACUUCGGCUGGAAGGAGUAUUUAGAAAAGCUAGAAAAUGGAAUGCGAGCCUUAACCGAAGAGGUACUGAGAAAGACCAACCCAGCCUACAGCAAAUCCAUGACGGUAGCAACAAGGCUGGCCGUUGAAAGAGCGAUAAACAAUGACGGCUUAGUGAAGAAUUCGUUUAUUCUCCUCUCCCUCUGCGCUCCUGAAGCAUUGCAUCUCGACAUCGUCAAAAAUUAUGUUUCAAAUGUGGAUGAACAUGCUGACAAAGAAGGUGUUGCCAUUCAAAUCCAAGGAUACUCACUACUGUUGGUGGAAAAAAGGAACAAUGGAGUUUUUAUUGGUAUGCACCGAGUUGUGCGUGACGCCAUUACAUCUGAACUCAGUCACAAAGAGCCUCAUGAAUGCGCUCAAACAGUUUGUGCUGCUGUGAAAUCAUUUAACCAGUUCGUGGAAGCUCAGCCAUUAAACACUUGGUAUGCCAUUGAUUCUGUUUCUGAAAGCAAGCACCUCAUUUCACACUUGAAAGCCUUAGCCAUAAAGGUCGAGCAGGUUUUCAAAGAGGAAUGCCGAAUUUUCAGAGUGGGCGUUUUAAAUGUUUCAGAUUGGUCAUCAUGUUUCCACCGGUUCGGCAUAAUUUGCGAGAAUCACUGCGAAUUAUCUUGUGCUGAAAAUUACUAUCGCACAGCUCUGAAACUCGUUGAACCAGUCUGUGACACUGUUGCAAAUAGUGCCAGAAUUUAUCAAAGAUUAGGUAAAUUGAGACGGUCCAUGGGUGACCUGAAGGAAGCCAUAGAAUUUCUUGGACUUUCCAUAGCCAUUUACGUGGAGAAGCUUGGACCCGAGGAUAUUAAUGUUGCUAUUAGUCAUCAUAACCUGGGUAAUGCACUGCUUGAAUUGGUUGACUUGAAACAGGCUAGUGAGCACUUUCAACUUGCUCUAGAAAUUUGCAAGAAAAAGUGUGGAACCGACCAUGUUCUUGUCGCGUCCAUUUAUCACAGCCUGGGUAUUGCACAGCGUGAAAUGGGUAACCUGCAGCAGGCUUUGACACAUUUUGAUGAUGCUGUCACAAUUUACGAGAAAAUAUGUGAAACUGACCAUGCUGAUGUCGCACCUACGUACCUAAACCUUGGUAUGGUACAGCGUGAGUUGGGUAACCUGCAACAGGCCACGAAGUUUCUCGAUCGUGCUCUCGACAUUUUCAAGAUAGAGCCUGGAAGUGGGCAUGUCAAUGUCGCACAUACUUACCUAAACCUAGGUAUUGUACACCGUGAGUUUGGUAACCUGAAACAGGCCAAGGAGUAUCUUGAUCUUUCCCUCAUAAUUUUCAAGACAGAGCUUGGAAAUAGGCAUGUCAAUGUCGCUCAUACUUACCUAAGCCUAGGUAUUGUACAGUGUGAGUUUGAUAACCUGCAGCAAGCCAAGGAGUAUCUUGAUGGUGCCCUCGACAUUUUCAAGACAGAGCCUGGAAGUAGGCUUGUCAAUGUCGCACAUACUUACCUAAACCUGGGUAUUGUACAGCGUGAGUUGGGUGAACUGCAACUGGCCAUGGAGUCUCUUCAUUGUGCUCUCAACAUUUUCACGAAAGAUCUUGGACCCGACCAUGUUGAAGUUGCCAGUUGUUAUGAAGACUUGGGAAAUAUACAGCGCGCCUUGGGUAACUUGCCACGUGCCAGGAAGCUUUGUACAGAUGCGUUAGAGAUUAAGCAGAGAAGCCUUGGACCCGAGCAUAUUGCUGUCGCGCGUACCUAUGUCAACUUGAGUGAUUUACUGUACGAUAUGCAUCACUAUAAACAAGCCAAAGAACAUUGUCAACAUGCUUUAGAAAUUUACAACAGGGGGCUUAGAUCCGAACAUGUUGACGUUGCGCGUACCCACCAAAACCUUGGCAAAGUGCAAUGUAAGUUAGGUGACCUGAAACAAGCCAAAGAACGCUUUGAACAUGCUCUAGGCAUUUACAAGAGAAGGAUUGGAUCCGAACAUGUUGAAGUUGCGCGUACCUACCAAGGCCUAGGCAAAGUACACCAUGAGUUAGGUGACCUGCAACAAGCUAAAGAAUGUUUUGAACACGCUCUAGGCAUUUACAAGAGAAAGCCUGGAUCCCGACAUGUUGACCUUGCGCUCACCUACAUAGGCCUUGCCUAUGUAUACGAUUGGUUAGAUGACCAGGAACAAACCAGUGAAUGUACUGAACUUGUUAAAGACAUUUGCAAGAGAGGGCUUGGAUCAGAACAUGUUGACGUUGGGUUUAUCUACAAGUUCCUUGGCAAAGCGUACUAUAACUUACGUGACCUGCAACGAGCCAAAAAAUGUUUUGAACAUGCUCUAGGUAUUUACAAGAGAAUUAUUGGAUCCGAACAUGUUGAUGUUGCGAAAACCUACGAAGGCCUUGGCAAAGUACACUAUAUGUUAGGUGACCUGAAACAAGCCAAAGAACAUUUGGAACGAGCUCUGGGCAUUUACAGCAGAAGGAUUGGACCCAAAGAUGUUAAAGUUGCGCGUACCUGUCAGAGCCUUGGCGAAGUAUAUUGUAGUAUAGCUAACCUGCACCAAGCCAGGAAUAAUUUGACACAAGCCAAAAAGCUGUUCGAACAUGCCUUGACGAUUAAUAAGGAGAAGCUUGGACCCGAGCAUGCAAAUACUGUGAAUAAUGAGCAUAGCUUGGUUUCUGUUCAGGAAAUAUUGGAGAAAAAAGGAAAGUGCUCUGUGCAGUAG